UUCCGAGAACCGGGCAGGGGGAAGAGCCGCCUUCCUGAGGCUCCCGGCCACGCGGCGGGGAAUGACCCGCGGCACACGCAGCUCCAGGCUUUCCUGGCCUUGAGGCGGCCCGGAGCAACAUGUGCUGAGGGCAGAGUCCCGAGGACGGAGCCUCUGGGGGAAGGCUUUGGGGUUAACAGGAUCCAGCUGUCUUCCUCAGAGAGAAGAAAAACAAGACAGAAGGAAGAGCUCCCUCAGUGUGAGGACUGGGAGGGGAGAUCUCUCUGCCUUCCCUGGACCUGAGAUCUCUCUGCCUUCUGGGAGCCAGGUCUGCAUGUGCAGGUGCCAGGUAAGCUUGCAGACAAUUAAAGCCUAUUCCAAGAAGAGAGCCUGGAGCCAGAGAGAAUGACCCCGGGGACCCAGAGACCUCCAUCCCAGGAGUUGGUGACCUUCAAGGAUGUGGCUGUGGAUUUCACCCCAGAGGAGUGGGGCCUCUUGGACCAUUCUCAGAAAGAGCUGCACAAGGAGGUCAUGCUGGAGAAUGCCCAGAACCUGCUCUCUGUGGUCCAGAUGUUGGGAAAGGAAGAGAAUGGAAUAAGCAUUCAUAAUGGAAUAAGCAGUCUUGCUGCACAUCAGAGAAUCCACACUGGAGAGAAACCUUAUGUAUGUACUCAGUGUGGAAAGGUUUUCACAUGGAAAGCCAGUCUUGCUGCACAUCAGAGAAUCCACACUGGAGAGAAACCUUAUGGAUGUAAUCAGUGUGGAAAGACUUUCAGAUUGAGUUCCAAUCUUGCUAAGCAUAGGAGAAUCCACACUGGAGAGAAACUUUAUGAAUGUAAUCAGUGUGGAAAAACUUUCACACAGAGCUCUAAUCUUGCUGUACAUCAGACCAUCCACACUGGAGAGAAAACUUAUGUAUGUAAUCAAUGUGGAAAGGCUUUCACAGUACGGGCCAAUCUUUCUGCACAUCAGAGAAUCCACACUGGAGAGAAAACUUAUGAAUGUAAUCACUGUGGAAAGGCUUUCACAUGGAAAGCCAGUCUUGCUGCACAUCAGAGAAUCCAUACUGGAGAGAAACCUUAUGAAUGUAAUCAGUGUGGAAAGGCUUUCACAGUGAGUUCAAAUCUUGCUAAGCAUAGGAGAAUUCACACUGGAGAGAAUCCUUAUGAAUGUAAUCAGUGUGGAAAGUUUUUCACACAGAGUUCCAGUCUUGCUGCACAUCAGAGAAUCCACACUGGAGAGAAAACUUAUAUAUGUAAUAUGUGUGGAAAGGCUUUCACUGUGAGAUCCAGUCUUGCUGCACAUCAGAAAAUCCACACUGGAGAGAAACCGUAUGAAUGUGAUCAGUGUGGAAAGGCUUUCACACAGAGUUCCAGUCUUGCUGCACAUCAGAGAAUCCACACUGGAGAGAAACCUUAUGUAUGUAAUCAGUGUGGAAAGGCUUUCACUGUGAGCUCCAGUCUUGCUGCACAUCAGAAAAUCCACACUGGAGAGAAACCUUAUGAAUGUAAACAGUGUGGAAAGGCUUUCACACAGAGUUCCAAUCUUGCUGCACAUCAGAGAAUCCACACUGGAGAGAAACCUUAUGUAUGUAAUCCAUGUGGAAAGGCUUUUACACACGGCUCUAAUCUUGCUGCACAUCAGAGAAUCCACACUGGAGAGAAACCUUAUAGAUGUAAUCAGUGUGGAAAGGCUUUCACUGUGAGCUCCAGUCUUGCUGCACAUCAGAGAAUCCACACUGAAGAGAAACCUUAUGAAUUUAAUCAGUGUGAAGAAGUUCAGAUGCGGCUCCAGACUUGCUGCACAUCAGGGAGUCCACACAGCAAAGAAGCAUUUGGAGAGUUGGUGACAUUCAAGGAUGUGGCUGUGGAUUUCACCCCAGAGGAGUGGGGCCUCUUGGACCAUUCUCAGAAAGAGCUGCACAAGGAGGUCAUGCUGGAGAAUGCCCAGAACCUGCUCUCUAGAAUCCACACUGGAGAGAAACCUUCUGAAUGUAAUCAGUGUGGAAAGGCUUUCACAUGGAAAGCCAGUCUUGCUGCACAUCAGAGAAUCCACACUGGAGAGAAAACUUAUGUAUGUAAUCAGUGUGGAAAGGCUUUCACAAGGAGUUCCGGUCUUGUUGCCCAUCAGAGAAUCCACACUGGAGAGAAACCUUAUGCAUGUAAUCAGUGUGGAAAGACAUUCACAUUGAGUUCCAAUCUUGCUAAGCAUAGGAGAAUCCACACUGGAGAGAAAUCUUCUGAAUGUAAUCAGUGUGGAAAGACUUUCACAAGGAGUUCCCAUCUUGCUGCACAUAAGAGAAUCCACACUGGAGAGAAACCUUAUGAAUGUAAACAGUGUGGAAAGACUUUCACAUGGAAAGCUACUCUUGCUGCACAUCAGAGAAUCCACACUGGAGAGAAACCUUAUGCAUGCCAUCAGUGUGGAAAGACUUUCACAGUGAGUUCCAGUCUUGCUAAGCAUACUAGAAUUCACACUGGAGAGCAUCCUUAUGAAUGUAAUCAGUGUGGAAAGACUUUCACAAGGAGUUCCAAUCUUGCUGCACAUCAGAGAAUCCACACUGGAGAGAAACCUUAUGAAUGUAAACAGUGUGGAAAGACUUUCACAUGGAAAGCUACUCUUGCUGCACAUCAGAGAAUCCACACUGGAGAGAAACCUUAUGCAUGCCAUCAGUGUGGAAAGACUUUCGCAGUGAGUUCCAGUCUUGCUAAGCAUACUAGAAUUCACACUGGAGAGCAUCCUUAUGAAUGUAAUUAGUGUGGAAAGGCUUUCACAUGGAAAGCCAGUCUUGCUGAACAUCAGAGAAUCCACUGUGGAGAAAAACCUUAUGCAUGUAAUAAGUGUGGAAAGGCCUUCACAAGGAGGUCCAGACUUGCUGGACAUCAGAGAAUUCACACUGGAGAGAAACCUUAUGGAUGUAAUCAGUGUGGAAAGACUUUCACACAGAGAAGCAGUCUUGCUGCACAUCAGAGAAUCCACACUGGAGAGAAACCUUAUGCAUGUAAUAAGUGUGGAAAGGUUUUCACAUGGAAAGCCAGUCUUGCUGCACAUCAGAGAAUCCACACUGGAGAGAAACCUUAUGAAUGUAAUCAGUGUGGAAAGACUUUCACACAGAGCUCCCAUCUUGCUGCACAUCAGACCAUCCACACUGGAGAGAAAACUUAUGUAUGUAAUCAGUGUGGAAAGGCUUUCCCAAGGAGCUCCAGUCUUGCUGCACAUCAGAGAAUCCACACUGGAGAGAAACCUUAUGCAUGUAAUCAGUGUGGAAGGACUUUCACAGAGAGUUCCAAUCUUGCUAAGCAUAGGAGAAUCCACACUGGAGAGAAACCUUAUGAAUGUAAUCAGUGUGGAAAGUCUUUCACAGAGAGUUCUAGUCUUGCUGCACAUCAGAGAAUCCACACCGGAGAGAAACCUUAUGAAUGUAAUCAGUGUGGAAAAGCUUUCACUGUACGAUCCAGUCUUGCUGCACAUCAGAGAAUCCACACUGGAGAGAAACCUUAUGAAUGUAAACAGUGUGGAAAGGCUUUCACACAGAGCUCUAAUCUUGCUGCACAUCAGAGAAUCCACACUGGAGAGAAAACUUAUGAAUGUAAACAGUGUGGAAAGGCUUUUACACAGAAUUCCAGUCUUGCUGCACAUCAGAAAAUCCACACUGGAGAGAAACCUUAUGAAUGUAAACAGUGUGGAAAGGCUUUUACACAGAAUUCCAGUCUUGCUACACAUCAGAGAAUCCACACUGGAGAGAAACCUUAUGAAUGUAAUCAGUGUGGAAAGGCUUUCACACAGAACUCACAUCUCGCUGCACAUCAGAGAAUUCACACUGGAUUAUGA